AUGGCUACACGUGCCGCCCACAAGCGUCUGACAAAGGAGCACAAGAACAUUACCGAAAACCCUCCACCAUACAUCACCGCCCAUCCCAGCGAGUCAAACAUCCUAGAAUGGCACUACAUUCUCGAAGGCUCCAAGGACACUCCCUACGCUGGCGGCCAGUACUGGGGCACUCUGGUCUUUCCUCCUGACUACCCCUUCGCCCCGCCCGCCAUUCGCAUGCACACGCCUAGUGGCCGCUUCCAACCUUCCACCCGUCUCUGCCUCAGUAUCUCAGACUUCCACCCCAAGAGUUUCAAUCCCGCCUGGGAGGUCAGCACUAUCCUUCUCGGUCUCCAGAGUUUCAUGACGAGCGAGGAAAUGACUACUGGUUCCUUGUCUGCCUCAGAAGCCGAGCGCGUAGUGUUUGCUCAACGCUCUCGCUGGUGGAACAGUACAGGCGGUGGCUCCUCCAACCGCACCAUCCCCGGCAUAGGCCAGCAAAGCAGCAACACUCGCGGUUUCGGCGCCAUCAGAGCAGGAGACGGCGGCGUGAAGUUCAAGGAGGAGUGGCCAGAGCUGGACGACCAGAACUGGAAGUGGAUGGAAGAGCACAAAAUUGAUCCUCAGACUGGCAAGACUGUGGCACCACCUCCGAUUGCCAAUGCUUGCUCACCAGAGACAAACGCCUUGCGCAAACGUCCUGUUGGCAGUCACGCUGGCUUGGGUGCUGUGGUCGAAGGCGGCCAUGUUGCGCGCGAUGCUGGCCAGAGUUGGUUGAGACGUAACAGAAUGUACGUUGCUUUGGGCCUCAUCUUUGGCUACGUAGUCCUGGCUCGUGCCUUGGGAGAGCCUGCUUCUUGA